UGCCCGGAGCCGCCUCACGCCGGCGGGACGAGCGGGCGGGACGGGGCCGCGGCGCUGAGGCACCAUCCAAGGACUCUUGUGGAGCCCACUAGCUGCUUACAGGAGCUGAGCAUAUCUCAAGGUGCCUUUCAAGCAGAGGGAGCAGCACAGGCAGCCUACUCAGGAGCUGACAUGCAGCAGAAGAUCAGCUCUUUCUUUAAUUCCAUCUUGGAGCUCAUCCGUACCAAGCAUGAGGAAGGUGUCUUCAACACUGUCUGCCUGGCCGUGCUCCUGGGUCUGCCCUUUGUUGUCCUCCUUGCCUUCAUUUUCAUCUGCUGCCACUGCUGCUUCUGCAGAAGGAGGGGAGGAAGCACAGGGAAAGGUGGCUCCAGCAGCAAUGGGCAGCUGCAUGCCGACAGGAACAAGAAGAAAAAGAAGAAGAAGAAGAAGCAGGAUGAGGAGGACCUGUGGAUUUCAGCUCAGCCCAAGCUGCUCUUGCUGGACAAGAGACCGUCCUUGCCCAUCUAGCAGGAGGGUGUUCAGGUCCUCUCCUCUGAGAUGCCACCAUUCCUUUCACCUGUGCACCAGGAGGGGUGAGGAGAUACCAAAGCUGCUGCCACUUUGUGGUGACUUUCGACAGAGGCUGACCCCAGCAUGCUGAAGGGCCAGCAGGGAACAAGGCACAGGCUGUGCAAGCCUCUUCUCCCCCACCAUGACAGCAUGCCCCGGGGCACAGACCCCUGCAAAGGACAGGUGAGCACACAUGGGUGACCUGCCUCCUGGUUGUGUGUCCCUCCUGCCACAAGCACAGUGCACACCCGUGGGGCUGGCACACAGCGAAGGGUGUGCCAGGCUCUCCCUCUGCACUCAGCUGCCAGCACACACACAGGGGUGCACAGGACAAUGCUCACCCACCUGCACGUUCCCCCUGCACAGCACAGACUGCUGUGAGUGAAGCAGGCACAGCCCACCUCCUUUGCUUGCCCUGCCAUGGGGGUGGCACAGCUUCGCUGUCCAGCCUCCGUCCAAACCCAGCUUGCUUUAUGGGCUCAAGGCUGAGUUACCCCACAGCUGAAAGAUGUGCCAUCUACCAGGCCACCAAACCAAAGUCUCCUGUGAGCACCUGAGGCUGGAUGCCCUUAGCACAACCUUAGAGACCUCAGACACCAUGCUAAGGCAGCACAGCAGAAGGAUGCCUUGCCAUCUAGGCUGGAGGCAGGCAGGAGGGAGGAGGCUGCCAGACCAGCCCUUUUGCACCAGCACUUAAGAAAACACCUUCCUUGAAAGACUCUUUUGUACAAACUUGCCAUUAAAGAGCUCACCAUGCUACUGCAAGAGCAGAAACACAACCUGAGGCUGUGUAAAAGCUUUGCUACGGGCAUUAGAGUUAUUUAUUGAAUGACUACUAAAGAAGAGCAGGACCAAAGGCCCCUCUGGAGCAGGGCCAGGGACAUGGAAGCAGUAUUGAGGCAGCAGACAUGGUUUCCUGGCACACUCAGCCAUCACCUCUCCCUGCAGCCCUUGUGCCAUGUGUCAGACACACAGACCCAUGAGCAGGUACUGCCCCAGCUGAUGCCAGCUCUGUGUGCUGCACUGAACAUUUCUGGAUGCCUGUCAGACUGACCAGCUCUGGGAUUUUGAAUGUGCUGUAGAAGCAAAGCAAAUUCCAUGUGCAGUCAUCCCUUACAUAGGAUACAUGAUACAGGCAGACCAUGCACCUCUCUCUGUCCUCAUGUUCUGGAAGAAUGGUUCAACUGGGCACAGCAGCUAACAGGACCACACACAGCUCUCAUCCCUGCUCUGCUUCCCACCUGCCCCACCCUGGCUUGUGUUCCCAUCCUGUAUCCCUUGAGCUGGGAGUCUCCUGUGCUCUCUCCUCUCUGCCCCAGCAGGCUCUGUCUCCCCAAUCUCUUUUUCCAUUGAGGGAUGCAUGUGUGUGAUGAGAAGCCUCAUCACAUCUGGGUUUUGCCCUGUCUGUACACUGGAUGUCUUCCUUCCAUUUUCUUGCAGUUCUUAAGCUGCUGGAGCAGCCCAGAGCUGCCAGCCAGAGCCAGGCAUCUGGGGAACAAGCAGCCAAACCCAUGUGGGCAAGCCUGGACAGAACUGCUGGGCACAGCUGCUUCCAGCCCAGGCAAGGGUGAUGCCACCUUCCCCUCACUUGGAGGACACAGCCACCAGCUGGAAGUAGCUGUUUGUGCCACCCAGUCCCAGCACAGCCUGUUCUGUCCAAUGCAGGCAGGGCUGUGAUGGUCACAUCAUGUCACAGGGUUUGGCUGCAUGUUGUCACAGGGUUUGUGCUGGGAACAGCCAUGAGGCUGGGCUCCUCCUCACACAGCCCUUUAAAUGGACCCCAUAUGUGCCUUAUUUUCCAGUUUGCUUUGUCACCAUUGAAAUUAGUGACUCCCUUCUGCUCCAAAACAGGAAGCAACAUAUAAUGGUAUAAAAAUUAGGAUUUGCCACAUGUCAUGCUAGGAAAUGGAGAAAUAGCUCUGAUCUCUGUCCCAAGCUCCCAGUCUAGCCAAGAUCCUAGAACUGGCUAGAACUAGCGCUGCACUUGUAUUAUUCCUCCUUCCUUCCCUCCUCUCCCCAUCCAAGUGCUUUUCUCAGCCCUCCUGCCUCCACACUCACCAGGUGGCCAGAGGAGCCCAUGCAGGUGCUGUGAUCCAGAGGCAGGAGCAGCCCUGGAGGCAGGGUGGUGCUGCCUGGAGGAAUCAAAAAAAAAAUCAGAGUAAAGGGAAACACAGUGGGAGGCCAGAGGCUCAGCCAAACAAGCAGGGGCACUGAGGCAGUGAGCACUGUCAGAGUACAGCCUGCCUGGUGUGGAGGUUCUGCAGGGCUUCCUGCAGGAAGGCUUUUCUCCAGAAAGCACAGCAAGUAACUCUUCAAGUGAAGGCUACCAAUUCCUACAAGAGCCAGAGAACUGCCAGGAAAAUGUGAGCUGUGGAUCACACUCAUCUCCAGAUCCAGGCUUUGGGGAGUUCAGAGCUAGGUCUGAAUUUCAAGGGCUCCCCAAAGUCAUCAUUCAAGCCACCCCUGGGCUGGGCAGGGAGGGACCAGGAUACAACCCUGCCCUGAUCCAUCCAACCAGUGCAUGGUCUGAGCCUCCACACUCCCUAAAGAACAGGGCUGGCUUCCUUGGUGUCUGCUGUUUGGGCCAAACCAUGCACGGAAUCAGCUGCUUCUGGAGGAAAAAGUAAAAGAGCAGAAAGCCUGAGGUGCACUGGAACCUGUUAUCCACCAGCUGGGCAGCUGGAACCCUGCAGCACCCACAUGACCAAGGGGGCAGAGAUGCACAGUACAGAAACUCCACUGCACAGUCCCUGCUCUCCAGACACCCCAGCCCUGCCUCCCACAGCUGCAUUUCAAUAUCAACCUUCCAUUUUCCUGAACAAGUCCAUGCAACAGGGAACAACAACAAAACAAAUCUUGUGCAAUUUUUUUUAAAACCAAAAAUAAAUGACUCUUAAACUGCAAACAAACACUGUA